AGGAAGAGACCAGCGUCAUGGGCACUGGGUCCAUGGAAGAUGGUGACGUCUACACCAGCGACACCAGUGCUGCCAUGCUGGAAUUCAUUUUGGAGGAGGGUGUUUCCAUUCCAGAGCAAGUGCCUGCCGUGGUGAGGUACAUCCACCAGUGGCUCAUGGCCAAUGAGUCUGCUGACUCCAGGCUGGGCAGGACCCUGCUGGAUCUGACCGAGGCACAGCCCACUGACGUGGUCAUUGCUCUCCUGCGUGUGGCCCCAACGUGUGACAGAGCUGCAGUGACCAUGUGGAAGACCAUCAUGUGCUCGAGCAGGACUGUGGAGCCAGUGAUGCAGACACUCCUUGAUGUGCUGAGAACCUGGCCAGAGCACAGCACGUGCACCUCCGAUGGGGACAACACGGGUGUCUUUGCCCUGGCUGCAACAGUGGUGAUGUGGAAGUUCCUUCAGGUGCCCUGUGUCCCACGGGUAGUGAAGGCGUAUUUUCCUCGCGUCUUAGUCCAUCUGCUCUUCCAAGUGUUCUUCAGCACUUUGGAGAUGCCACAGGAGGUUGAUACCUUCUGGAAGGCAUGCCAGGAGCAACACGGCCUUGCCAUCAGCCCCAACAGGUUUGCAGUGCGAGCCCUGAAGUCUCUACUCUGCCGAAUGCAUCGUGAGCAAGUGGUGUUGUCAAUGGAACGCAAGCGUGGCUGGGACACGCUGCUCUGCGCUGACACCCACCAUCAUGCUGUGGGUCUGCUGGCCAGGGAGAUGCGACAUUCAUCCAUACCCUUGUGUUCUGGGAUUGCACUCCACUUUCUGCAGGUUUUCAGGAGGGAGGAGCCAUAUUGGGAUCUUCCCGUCUUGGCAUUCCUUGUGGAGAUCCUGGAUUGCCUCAACUUGAGUGAAUGCAGUGACAGCGUCCUGGAGAUCAUGUCAAAGAAUCUGCAGAGCAAGUGCAGGGAGAGGCAUCGCUUGGCACUUAGAGCGCUGCUUGUUCUCAUUGAGGAUUCCUCAAUGGCUGAACGACUUUGGAGCCUGACUGAAAGUCUUGUGGAGCUCCUGCAGGACACAGAUGGAGAAAUAGUUGCAAUGACACUCACUUCACUCAGCUUUAUAGUCUUUGACAAGGAUAUGCUGAUACCUAGCCCCAUCAUCCUGCAGCUGCUUGAGGUGCUUCUGCGACUCUUUGACCAUGAUAAUAGCCAUGUGCAGCUCAUAUCCAUGAUCCUCUUUCAAGAAAUGCAAGAUUUUUUAGUGGAAGAGGGUAAAAAGCCCUUCAAGAUGCAUGUGCGCCAGAGCCUGCUGCCACUCUUCUUCCACUGCCACGAUGAGAACCAGCAGGUGGCUGAGGCCUCUCAGAGAGCACUGCUCAGCAUGGCCAAGGUCCUGAAGAGGAGAGAUCUUGCAAAUCCUGUGAAGGAUAAGCAACUGUGGAAGUUCGCUGAGGUCCUGGUAAGGACGGCCUGGAAGGCCCAGCCUCAGCCUGGAGAAGCCCCCUGUCCCCGGCGCUCGGUGCAUGGGGCUGGCAGCUGGGCCCCUGUCCAGUGCCGCAGCCGGGGCCACAUGGCUUCUUCUCCAGGCUCCUGUGGCCCUGAGCCGGCUGCUGAUGGAGCCCCGAGUCACUGGGGCUGCGGGGCGGGCCGGCACCGUGGCUCCCCGGGCAGCAGCCGGCCCUCU